AUGUACCUGGUGACAUUCACUGGGAAUCUGCUCAUCAUCCUGGCCAUCGUCUCAGACUCUCACCUCCACACCCCCAUGUACUUCUUUCUCUCCAACCUGUCCUUUGCUGACAUCUGUUUCACCUCCACCACCAUCCCAAAGAUGCUGCUGAACCUCCAGACACAGAGCAAAGUCAUAACAUAUAAAGCCUGCCUCAGCCAGAUAUUUUUUUUCAUUGUGUUUGGGUGCCUGGACAAUUUAUUCCUGACCGUGAUGGCCUAUGAUCGCUUUGUGGCCAUCUGUCACCCCCUGCACUACACAGUCAUCAUGAAUUCCCAGGUGUGUGGACUGCUGGCUCUGGGCUCCUGGUGCCUCAUGGUUUUCUUGUUCUAUGGCACAGGCCUUGGGGUCUACCUUAGUUCUGCAGGCACUUCAUCCUCUAGGGCAAGUCUGGUGGCCUCAGUGAUGUACACCAUGGUCACCCCCAUGUUAAACCCUUUCAUCUACAGUCUGAGGAACAGGGACAUGAAGGGGGCUCUGGGGAGACUCCUCAGCAGGGCAGCAUCCCUCAACUCUCGAAGCCCACCAGCCCCGAGCCCUACCCAGGCCCGGAGGCAGGGAAACCUCACCCCAUCUCCACCCAACCCGCACGCACACAAGGCCCGCCCUCAUGAUAAAUCCCGCCCCCUGAACACUGGUGCUUCUUUGGCCCCACCUCCGCAGUGUCCAGGCCUCGCCCCUCGUGGCCCAGACAGUGCAGUCUCCGAGGAGGACUGGCCUCUUCCGAUUCCGGCGUGGCAAAGCAGGCAGGCUGCCUUAGCCCUUUCAAGCCCUCUCUGUCAUGGCGGCGCCCUGCCUCUCCUUCCGGCCACAGCCUAUCAUGGCGGUGCCCUGAGUAGCCACUUCCGGACCCAGACCCCUACAUUGCCCUGGCUUUUCUCACUCCUGGCUGCCAUGGCGGCGCCCGGGGUUUACCGGAAGUAUAACAUCGGAAGUGAGCCGUAG